CUAUGCCCAUGUAUAUCGUACUGUAAGAUCAAAUCCAAAACUCGCGUCCGUUAAAACGCUCAGCUCAUAACUUGAGCUGACAACAUAAGAAGCAAGUCUUUUGUCGGUCGAUUUAAAACCACUUUCGCUGUAAACUUUGCGACUGAUGUCAUUCCCACACUAUUAUCCAUCUAAAAAGAUCGCGAAUUCUUCGGAUGCCACCAAAAAGUGAACAAGCAUACACCCAUCCAGAGCUCAAUGAGUAAUGAACCCAUUUUGGAGCAUGUCGACAAACGCUGGUCGUAAGAGAUCUGACGGUGAGGAGCAGGGUGGUCCAGGGGAGCAGAGAUCCAGUCCAGCUCGUCCUCCAUUUGGUAAAAAGCAGCUUCCCUCCAUCCCAAAGAAUGCCGCCCCCAUCACUAAAGCCGCCUCACCGGCCUCCUCUACACAGUCUGCCAAUGGCACGCAUGCCUCAUAUGGCCCUUUCUACCUGGAGUACUCGCUGCUCGCGGAGUUCACAUUGGUGAUCAAGCAGAAGCUUCCUGGCAUCUAUGUUCAGCCUUCAUACAGAUCAGCACUAAUGUGGUUUGGUGUGAUUUUCAUUCGACAUGGCUUGUACCAAGAUGGUGUGUUUAAGUUCACCGUCUACAUUCCUGAUAACUACCCAGAUGGAGACUGUCCUAGGGUCGUUUUUGACACCCCAGUUUUCCACCCACUAGUGGACCCGGUCUCUGGCGAGCUGGAUGUGAGGAGAGCUUUCACCAAAUGGAGGCGAAACCACAACCAUAUCUGGCAGGUCCUUAUGUAUGCCCGCACAAUCUUCUAUAAGAUCAACACCAUGGAUCCGCUCAACCCAGAGGCUGCAGUGCUGUAUGACAAAGACAUCCAGCUCUUCAAAAGCAAAGUGGUAGACAGUGUCAAGCUAUGCAAUAGUCACCUGUUUGAUCAGCCCAAGAUAGAUGACCCUUACGCAAUAAGAUUUGGCUGUGUGAUGCUUUGUGUAAGCAGACGUGCAUGCUUGCACGAACUCACAGCUUCUUUUAAAACGGAAGCUUUAUAUAUAGGUAAGAGAUUGUGCACAUUCGGGAGCAUACAAACUUGUUUUGACCCAAUGCCCCAUGAAUAUUAUAAAUAAAAUAUCUUUGAAAGC